AUGGACAACGUCCAUAACACGACCUCCUCCAACUUGACCACAUUCACCUCUUCCAAGCGACGUCGAAAUACUCUGACCAAGAAUCAUCCCCCUUCCGCGUUCCCCUCCAAGGGCUCGCUACGCAAACAACAGUCGUCUGCCGCACUUCAACGGGCGCCGUCAGCUCCAUCUCCAUACCCUCGCAGUCACGACGCCUCACUGUCUUCCCGCGAUUCUCAUCAGAGAACCCAAUCCAGCGCGUUUGCUUCUUCCACAUCCUCGCUUGAACACAGCAGCGGCGCACCCUCCCCCAUCGUUCCUCCCACAAACUUCUUCGCGUCGUCAGUCAACGGCUACAAGCCACCGCAACACCUCCCGCUCACACCCCAGCCUUCAGAUGACCGUCACAAGGACUUGAUCGGAGCGCCAUUUGACGCCUCGGGUCUUUUGUCUUCUUUUCAAGUCGCCGGUAUGAACGAUAAUCAGAAUGCUGGUGCUCAAUCAGCAUAUCCCCCGCCAUUAACCCACACCCAUACAAGCCCCGACCUUCGAUCUCACCCGCUACGGAACUCACAGACCUUUGGACCUGGAAUGGUGGCUAUGAUGGAAGUAACACCUCCUAAAUCGGAAAAUGGCACGCUCAGUCCCAAGCGCUUCUCCGGUGACGGGCACACCAAACCAGCUGGGCCAUUUCGCAAGAAGAGUGGCUUUUCUAGUUUCGUCAACAAUAUGCUUGGAUCCCCAAGGACAAUCAAAAUCUCCGCGCCAGAAAACCCCUUGCACAUGAUACACGUUGGCUACGACAACCAGACCGGGCAGUUUACGGGACUACCUGCAGAAUGGCAGAGGGUCUUAGCCGACAGUGGCAUCACCAAGACUGAGCAAGACCAGAAUCCACAGAUGAUGGUCAACAUUGUCGAGACGUACAAGAACAAUCUGGGUGGCAACGACGAUGGGGUGUGGCAGAAGUUUGACCACGCCAAACUCUCUGACUCCCCUCAAAGCAGCAACAGCAGCUACCAGAGCCCAGUGACGCCCGUCAUCGGCUCAAGCGUUGCUUCGUACUCCCCCAUGACUGGUGUGAUAUCACCCCCAGCCAGUCCUCGAUUUCCCCAGAACCACGAGGGCAGCUUCGAAAACCCUCGCGCUCCACCACCCGUACCGAAAGGCCUUCCCGCUAGUGCAAUGGCAAGUAUGAAACCGAGUCAAUCACCAAUUAUCAUGAUGCCAAAUCGACCUGCUCCCAAACCACCUGUACAGAGCCUGAGAGAUAUGGCACCCUCCCGACCUGCGCCCCCUCCUCCUAUAACCCGAGAUCUACCCCUACGGACAGUUCAGGAACCGUUGAAACCACAGCCGCCUCCAGCCUCCCAGCCUAAUACACCAUCUAUUCCCCAAGAAGAAGCGCGGAGCCGCUCCAACUCGAAAGGACCAUCUGUAACACCACCACGUGCCCAGCCGGCAAUCCAAUCUCCUGCCCAGUAUCAACAGCAGCAAGAACAGGCGAUGCUGAUAGCACAGCAAGCUAUUCAGAGUAAACAACUAGAUCGAAGUCGAAGCCAGCGUCAAGUUGCGCCAGGAGCCCCUGAGGUUCCACCAAAGAUCUUGCCUCAACAAGUCAGCCCCAACAUUCCACAAGCGCAAUUUGCUGCAGUGACAGCUUCGCCGGCUCUCGAAGGUACUCCACAGGUAGCGGCCGUACCUCGACCUCGACAGAAACGGCAACAAAGCAAUAUCGUGGAUGUUACUGCCAGGUUACGAGCAAUCUGCACUCCUGGUGACCCGACCGCGAAGUACAGUAACCUCAACAAAAUCGGGCAGGGUGCUUCUGGCGGUGUCUAUACGGCUUUCGAAAAUGGCACCAAGCGAUGUGUUGCUAUUAAGCAGAUGAACCUCGAACAGCAACCGAAGAAAGACCUGAUCAUCAAUGAGAUCAUUGUGAUGAAGGACAGUAAGCAUAAGAACAUUGUCAACUUUAUUGACAGCUAUCUGCAUGAUGGAGACCUGUGGGUUGUCAUGGAAUACAUGCAAGGUGGCAGUCUAACCGAUGUGGUGACAUUCAAUGUCAUGAGCGAAGGACAAAUUGCUGCAGUGUGUCGGGAGACGCUCUACGGCUUACAACACCUGCAUUCUAAAAACGUGAUACACCGAGACAUCAAAUCUGACAACAUCCUCCUUUCGGAAAGAGGGGACAUCAAGCUAACAGAUUUCGGUUUCUGUGCCCAAAUUAAUGACACUCACAACAAGCGCACGACCAUGGUUGGAACGCCAUACUGGAUGGCCCCAGAGGUGGUGACGAGAAAAGAGUACGGACGAAAGGUCGACAUCUGGAGCUUGGGCAUCAUGGCGAUCGAGAUGAUUGAGGGAGAACCACCGUAUCUGACCGAGUCACCGCUGCGGGCCUUGUACUUGAUCGCUAAGUACGGAACACCACGUAUCAAGGACGAGCAAGCCCUGUCGCCGGUCUUUCGAGAUUUCCUCCAUUUCGCCCUGAAGGUUGAACCCGAGAAGCGAGCAAGUGCUCAUGAUCUGCUACAUCAUCCAUUCAUGCAUAAUUGUGCCCCGCUUUCCAGCCUGGCUCCGCUCGUUCAAUCAGCGAAAGAAAGCAGAGCUGCCGAGAAGGCGAAUAGAGGCAACUGA